GGUGCAUUGGAGACAUACGAGGACAUCGGAAUACACAAUACUAUACGUUACAACCAAAAAUGAAAUCCAACAUCCCCACCGAACUCACCACACCAUGGUGUCGACAAAUUCUAGAAGAUCCAAAAACCGAAAUAUUCGACAUCCCCAGCGCCGCCACCGAAACAGGCAUACCAGACAUUUCCAACAGCAUGUUUCUGCGAACACUGUACAAACCAGACGGAAUCCGAGCACAGAUCAAUUUCAUACGACCGACAUCCCAACCCGAAGCGGUGACGGGACGCGAAUUUUGCUAUUUGAUGUAUAUCGGCGACGGCCUCGAUGGUAAAACUGGUCGCGCUCAUGGCGGGUUCAAUGCUUUGGUAUUGGACCAUAUGUGUGGGUGGGUGGCUGCGACCGCCAGUUCUUCGCGGGCACCUCUUACAGCGAGCUUGACUAUUGACUACAAGGCUCCGAUUCAAACGCCGGGGAUUAUCUUCUGUCGUGGUUGGUUGUUGGAGAUGAGUGGGCGGAAGACAUGGAUUCAGUCGGUGAUCGAGGACGAGGAUGGGAACGUUCUGGCAAAAGGGAAAGCACUUUUUGUUACUGCGCGUGAUGAGGUGAAGAUAUGAGGAAUGACUGAUGGAUGGCUGGGGUUGAUGUUUCCUUUCUACGAGGGGGAGUGGCUGCGGGCCUUCUGUCUAAAAGCAGC